AUGCCUUCCUUUGAGCUCAAACAUACGGAUGAGCUAAAGAUAUGGCUAAUAAAGGAACUAGAACCAAUCUGUGACGCAGAUCCUGAAGUUUUAUCAGAUUACGUUUUGGCUCUACUCAAACAUGAUGGAAGCGAUGAAACGUUGCAAGCCAGCCUUCAAGAGCAAUUGGAAGACUUCUUGGCGGAACAAACGACACCAUUUGUGGAAAAAGCCUUUGCUGCUUUAAGAUCACAAUCCUACCUUCCCGAAUCCAAACAGACCAUCCAAGCCUCCAGCUCAAGCGCACAAGAUGUUUCGUCUACCUCCGUAGGCACCUCGCGUAAAAGAUCGGCCGAUGACGAAGGAAGACAAUCGCCUGCAAAAACGUUCAGAGAUGGAGAAUCAGGAGAAGGACAAAGAAGGGAUCGUCGAACGCCAAGCGAUGGAAAUUUCCGCCAUGAUGGGAAUCGACAGAAUAGGCCGAGACAGAUGUGUAGAGACUUUCAUCAAAGAGGCUUCUGCAGUCGUGGAGAUUCGUGUAAGUUCGAUCACAUCUUGCCGCAACAAUCAACCCCCGACAUGAAUGGUUAUAAUAUGAACCCAAUGAUGGGCAUGCCUCCUCAACACGUAAAUCAAGCCUUUGGUAUGCCACAGAAUCAACAUCAUGGUGCCCCGAACAAUGCUUUCAUGGGUAUGGGACCACAAUUUGCCAUGGGUGGACAUCCGAUGGGAUGGAAUGGUGCACAAGGUGGUAUGACGCAGCAGCCACCUCAGGAAUUGUAUCAAGGCCCACCGCCAAUGGAUAACGCUCAGAAUGGUGUACCACAAGGCGAUGGCAAUGGCUUGUUCGCACGAAUGGAUCAAAAUGCUUCUAAUCGUGGCGAUUUUGGUCACAGAGGCGGGAGAGGCGCUCGUGGAGGCGGUAGAGGUGGUGCACAUGGAGGCAGAGGUGCAUUUGAAAAGAAGCAAACGUCCAACACGACAUUGGUGAUCGAAAACGUGCCAGUGGAGAACCUAGAAAUGGUAAAGGUGAACGAGUACUUUAAGAAGUUCGGAACAAUCACCAACAUUCAGAUUGACGUCGAUAGCAAGAAAGCGCUCGUCAGUUAUUCGCAACCGGCUGAAGCCAAAGCAGCUCAUUCAUCUCCCGAAGUUAUCUUCAACAACCGCUUCGUGAAAGUCUACUUCCAAAAACUUGACGAACCUCUCACAAAACCUGUAGAGCAUAUUGCACCCACCCCGAAACCUGCGUCUGGACCGCCUCUCAAGAGCAACUUCGUUCCUGGUCAAAAUAAAUUUGUCAGACCAGGUUUUGCUUCGGAGAAAGUCAAAGAAGCACAAGAAUCUGCUCAAAAGAAGCUUGACGAGCUCAUGUCGGAACAAAAAGAGAUCAUGACAAAGUUGACCGGAGGCAGUGCAACAGCAGACGAGAAAAAGACACUUAUGGCUAGGUUCGGUACGCUAGAAGGUGAAAUUAAACGAGCGACCGAGGAGGUGCGAGCCGCGGUGAGCGGUACAACGAAUGGUACAUCAAAUACACCAUCUGUAUCUGCAUCUCACUUGCAAGAGCAACGUGACCUAAAACAACGUGAACAAUUGGAUCGAGAGCUGGAAGCCUUGAAAAGCGGAGGUGGCGAAGGUAGCACGACGGAAGAGCUGAAGGAAACUCUGGCAAGAUUAAAAGCUGAAGCAGAACAACUCGGCAUUGAUUCAGAAACAGGUACAGCAGGCGCGGAAGGUGGCUACAGAGGUGGCUAUAGAGGAAGGGCAAGAGGUACACCAUUCAGAGGCUCAAGUCGUGGAUUUGGCUAUCCUUCCUAUCGAGGAGGAAGAGGAGGUGCUAUGGUAAAUCGUGCUAGUAUGAGUUUGGAUAACAGACCCAGUAAGCUGCACGUUACCGAAAUUCCUGACGCUUCCAACGAAGAACAUCGAAGCAAGGUGAAAGCCUUCCUCCAACAAUUUGGUGAAACGCAUUCCGUUGAGGAUAAAGACGAUGGCUCUUUGUUGGUCCAUUACAAAAUCCGUGCAAACGGAGAGCAAGCCUUGCGAUCCGGUCUAUCGGUUCCAGAUGUCGGCUCGAUCAAAGCAACAUGGGCAAAAGAAGGUCAAAGUGGUACCCCUGCCCACGCUGCAGGAGAGAACGAGCCAAGCUCAUAUGAAGGAGAAGGAUAUGAAGACGAAGGCGAUCGAGAAGAGAGUUUCCGGAGAUGA